CCACUGAAUAACAAACAGUCUGACCAGUGUCAGAUCACGAGACGAAAGAAAUAUGGACAGACCGAUCAUUCCUCUGAUCGCUCUUGGAACUUUUAUACACAUCUUACUAUUAGUGAUGCAAUAUACAUUUUAUAGAUCUUAGUUGAAUUUUAUAAUACUAGGUUGUUUGAUGUGCGGAAGGAAAAGUGUCUACAAAUAUGUUGGAUUCAGAGGAAAUACGAAGCGAUACAAAUUCUGUUUCAAGUGAUUAUCAAUCUGCUCAAGGCGAGCUGACAGUCACUUUAUUGGGAAAGACAAAAACCUUGGCUGGUUUGGAUCGAACUGAGUGGAUAUUUUUCAUCAUUUGUGUUCCAUGUCUUGUGGCAGCAAUUGCAUUGACAGUAAUUUAUAUUUUAUGGAAACUUGAUCUUAACUCUCCUAAUUAUAUAUUUGCAAUUUUAUUGCUGGUCAAUGCAGCAUUCUGUCUUUUUUAUACUAUCCAUGGUGUUUUACGAGAAAGAGAAUUUGAACUUUAUUGUCUUAUUUUGGCCAUUCUCAUUGUCACUGUUUAUGUAAUUGUGAAUUUUGGGCUGACAUAUCCAAAAUCCAAAUCCAAGAUUAAGCUGGCAAGAUUUGUGGUAGUUGUUGUUUUGGCUCCAGUGAUAAUUGGUUUUGCCUGGGUUGUAGGUCGAGGUUUUGGUUACCUACUGUUUAAAACUGUUGGGGCUAAAACAGAAAUUCAAGACAUGUACCGCAUUGCAAGUAGAUUUUCUGGUUUGCUCAAAAUUGAUUAUCAACUAUCAAUAAUUUUGUUAAUUCUUACUAUCGAAGAUGCUGGGAAGAUGUCGUAUUUUUCGAAAUGUUGCCUGGCUGUUGGUGUUCCAUUUCAGCUGCUAGCUUCAUUGGUGGGUUGGAUUGCAAUGAGGUCCGAACAACUUCUAUUGGUUUGGUUUUUCCUUCCACUGUGCUGCGCUGAGCCUGUUUUUAUAGUGCACAGGUUUAUACAGUUUUCAUCGAGAUGGGAACACUACACCAGCAAUGAAAUGGAAAAGUUGACAUACUCAUUUAUAGCUGCAGCAAUCGGGGCGUUAUUUAUCAGAUUUUUGUUGCUUUUGGCUCUAUAUGUUGUGGUGAAAAAUUUUGGUAGAGGCCUAAAGUUUAAAGUUUUUCAGGUGCCGUUGAAUGCCAAUGAUCCGUCAAUAAUGCCAAGCAAAAGACAAAUCAAGAGGUGCUGUGGUAUGGUUUGCUGUGGGCCUUUUGGAUAACUUAUAACUGUGAGUUUUUAGGGGUAGUUUUUAGUUUUUAUGUGAUUUAAAUCAGGGGGGCGUGGGCGCGAAUAUAAGCGCUCUAAUUGAAAUACAAUAUUCUCUACCAGCGCGGAGCACGACUGCAUGCAUGGUCUUUAAACUAGCUAAAAUAUUUUUAUUUCUAUUUCAUUUAUAAAAUGUGCUAUAAAUAAGAAAACACUGCAUGUAUUUCAUAUUAUAUUAAGAGUAUAGUAGAUUUUACAUAUAUAUACAUAGAUAUAGUACAAACAAUUUUGCAUGCAUCGAUUCAAAUUACCUGUUUUCUUUGACAUGUUUUAAAAUUUCCUAUAUGAAGUUUUUGACGACUUCUUGCACUUUAUGUCGUGCACUUUAACCAUGAGCCUCUGGCUCGGAUGAUUGGGCAACCACAUCCCGUGCUAACGACUUUAAAUAAAUCAUUACAUUACAUUACAUUCUUGCAACUCUGGGAGAUAAUAUGGUUGCAUUAUACGCAUUUUAAAUUUGGUAUUUUGAACAUAACGAGAAAAAUGGCGGAUGUACAUCUUACCAGAAUGCAUUACUGUCAGAAAUAGUUUUUUGACCGAGAGGCAUGCAGGCAUAAGCAAAAGGGCAUUCCCCUAAUCCUCUUGUCGUGUAAAAUUUCAUGUCGUUAGGCAUUUUUUUCUCCGUUUUUUA